CCUGCAGUUCGUGGCAGAUGCUCCUACUGCCCUCUGCUUGGGUAACCCUGCAUACAUAUGUAGUAACUUGUGAAUACUUGUGCCUUCUUCAGUCGGUCUGUAUUUUGCAAUAAUCUGUUUUAGAACUUUCCCCUCCAUGCCCCCUUCCGAAUGUCCCCUCCUCUGCUUCUUUCCCCCUCUUCUCUCUCUGCACUGCGUGCACCAUUCGCUGUAUUACAUACUAGUGCCUGUCUGAUUGAGACGCGCUUCCUGAGGGAGGGACAGUCACUGCCCUGACACAGACUGUCUCUUCUGUCGGGGAGGGAGGAACAGAGAGUGCGGGGGAGAGGAAGAGACGGAGUGGAGAGACAGGAACCGCAGAAGAAGGAGGGGAGCACAGGGGAGAGAGGGGGGAUCUGUAGGGAAUGUGUAUUGGAGGAGCGGUGCUAGGCAACUGUAACCCCCGCACCCCCGCUGUCCUACUGUUCUCAGAGCUACUACUCCCAAGUGAGGAAGGAGGGUAACAAAUUAGUGACAACCCCCUGUCAGGAGGUCUGCUGCAAUGGAGGAGGACCGCUCUGCAGAUGAGUGCCCAUCAGCUGGGUGGGCAAGCCGUCUACGGGCACAGGAGGAGGAAGUUAUGCUGCUGAAGUCAGCGCUGUGUGAUGUUCUGCAAAGGAUCCGUAACCUGGAGAGUCACUUCCCUCCUGGACAUUCAUGUGUCUCCUCUUCAUCCUCCCUGGCGCACCCUGUUAAUGAUGCUAUAGCAGCUCUCAAAGUCAGCAGUGAGCCUAUGGAAAGUACACAAGAUUUCGGCUCUUUACAUAGUACUGUUGGGACACAGACGGAGUGGUCUCUGGUGGAGAAAGGAUCCAAGGAAAGUUUAGAUACAGUGGAUGGUACAGUAUUGUGUGAGAAUGACUCCCUGAAUGGAGAAACUGCAGAUGGGAUCACUGACUCUGAGGAGACACAAGAGGCGGAGAAGGUGUUCCAGAGCCCAAUACCAGAAGAGGGAGGAGCCACUGUACGCGCUGUUACUGCUCUGAGACAGAACAAGAAGGAGCUGUUACGCAGAAACAGUUCCUCUGAUAAACUGGUCAGAGAUGGAAAAGAUAGAAGCAAAAAGCUAGAAAGGAAAGCUGUGUCUUCUGCAAAUCUCCUGAGUGGAUCCUCUGGGUCUAGAAGAGGAAAUUAUAAUUUAGAGGGUGUCAGUGUUAAAGUUUUCCUCCGUGGCCGCCCAAUCACAAUGUAUAUACCGUCCAGCAUACAGAACCAUGAUGACCAGAAGCCAGAGCUUCCCAGUGAGAAGUUGCAGUUAGAGUGGGUCUAUGGCUGUCGUGGCCGGGACUCCCGAUGUAGUCUCCGCAUGCUUCAGUCUGGAGAAGUGAUCUACUUCACUGCCUGUGUCAUUGUCAUCUGUGAUGUGAACCGUGGAACCCAGCGCCACUUCCUGCGCCAUACGGAUUGUGUACGCUGUUUAGCUGUCCACCCUGAUGGGGUCAGAGUAGCCUCUGGACAAACAGCUGGAGUGGACAAGGACGGUAAGCCUAUGGUGUUUAUAUGGGAUUCAUCAUCACUCCAGAUAUUACAUCAGAUUGGUCUCGGCUUCUUCGAAAGGGGUGUAGGCUGUCUUGCAUUUUCCACCCACGACUCUGGCUUAUACCUAUGUGUUGUAGACGACUGCAAUGAACAUGUGUUAUCUAUCUGGGACACGGCAAAAGGGAACAAGAUUGCUGAAACAAAGUGCACAAAUGAGCCAGUGUUGUGUGUGGCUUUCAACCCUGUGGACAGCUUUUACAUUGUCACUGUAGGCAAGUCGCAUAUACACUUCUGGAGCUGGAGUGGUGCUUCACUUACUAAGAAACAAGGCAUUUUUGGGAAGUACAAAAAGCCCCGCUAUGUGCAGUGUUUGCUGUUUGAUCGAACUGGUGAUGUCCUCACCGGAGACUCAGAGGGUCAGAUACUAACCUGGGGCAGAAGUGCGGCAGACACAAGGACAUUGGGGAGAGGCGCAAAAGAUACAUACCAGAUAGUACGCCACACACGUGCACAUGAUGGUAGCGUGUCCUCGCUUACUGCCCUCCGAGGGGGCCAUGUGCUCAGUUCGGGAGGGAAGGACAAGCGUUUGGUGUUAUGGAGCGAGACGCUGAGCCAGCUUAAGGAGUGUGAGAUUCCUGAGCAGUUUGGGGCUGUGCGUUCCAUUGCAGAGGGCAUUGGAGGAGAACUGUUGGUUGGUACAACGAAGAAUGCACUAUUGAAAGGGUCUCUGGAACAGGGAUUCACACCUAUUAUACAGGGGCACAUAGAUGAGUUGUGGGGAUUGGCUACACACCCCUCUCAGAAUAUCUUCCUGACAUCUGGACAUGACAAGCAGUUGUGUAUCUGGAAUGGUAAUGAUCAUACCCUGAGCUGGACAUGUGUACUGGAGGAUCAUGGUUUAUGUGCAGAUUUCCACCCCAGUGGCAGGGAAGUGUGUGUGGGUCUGAGCACAGGAAAGUGGCUGGUCCUGGACAUGCAGUCUCACAGCAGUCUAUCUGUGCACUCUGAUGGCAAUGAGCAGCUAUCGGUGGUCAGAUACUCGCCAGAUGGGAAUUUCCUGGCUAUUGGAUCCCAUGAUAACGUCAUCUACAUAUACAGCCCUGGCCAGAGAGAACGCAAGGGGGAUUAUUCAAGAGACUGCUCUUUAGAAGAAAAAGACAGUUCUCAAGAAGAGGGAGAAGGAGAUAGCUUUGUGUCUGAGAGAUUACAGCGCUACACGCGAUAUGGAAAGUGUGCGGGCCACUCCAGUUUUAUCACACAUUUGGACUGGUCAAAGGAUGGAAAAUAUAUCAUGUCAAACUCUGGGGACUAUGAGAUACUGUACUGGGAUAUCGCUGGAGGCUGUAAACUUCUCAGAAACCGAUAUGAAAGCAGAGAUCGUGAGUGGGCAACAUACACGUGUGUGCUGGGAUACCAUGUUUUUGGGGUAUGGCCUGAGGGUUCUGACGGGACAGAUAUUAACGCUCUCGCCCGCUCCCGUGGGAUGACCAUGAUCGCUGUCGCAGAUGAUUUCUGUAAAGUUCACCUGUUCCGCUACCCUUGCAAUAAGCCAAAGGCACCAAGCUAUGUGUAUUCUGGCCAUGGGAGUCAUGUGACCAAUGUUCGCUUCACUCAUGAUGACAGUUACCUUAUCUCGCUGGGUGGAAAAGAUGCAAGCAUUUUUCAAUGGAGGGUUGUGAGAGGAGUCAACCAAACUCGCAGCCAAUCACUGUCUUCCACCUCAUCAAUCCCAUUUGAGUGACACCCCUUCAGACAGAGGGUCACAGUCUGCAAGAGUUACCCUAACUAACGCAGAGCCAUGUCCGCAGACCUAAAACCAGCCUGGCAUUUUCCCCUGCUUGAAAUGAUUGUACAAGGUAAAUCUGAGCCAGUUUUAACACCAAUGCAUCUAUGGGCUAUAGUGCCAAUAUAGGUGCCUGCACCUUGUGUACAAUAGCAUAAGUCUUAAUAGGAUACAGCACACUGUUGUGCAUUGUGCCAUACACACCUGCCAGAGGCCUUGUUGUAUGUUCAGUACAUUUCCCAACAGAGUUCCAGUUCUAAGUUCUAAUUCAACUUCACUGUUAUAUACUGAAAAUGAUAGUUUACAAACUGAGCCCAAGGGGAUUUGACACCUCCACAACUACUGAAAUGCAGACAAAUGCAGACACAUGCACGUAGUAAGAGCCAGAUAUCCUGAUACUACUUCUAUAUCAUAAAUAGUGACUGCACAUCCGCUGUAAGCCACAAGCUUCCAACAUAGCCCAACAUUUUAAUUUUAAAGAAAGCGACAGGGUACAGAAUGUAUUGCUUUUAAUGCAUGUAUUAUUAAUUAAUAAUAUAUAUUUGAAGGUAUAAGAGCUAGGCACUUCUGCUACAUACAUGCUAAACCUUCGUAACAAAAUAGCACAUGCACAAAUCCUGUUUUAUAGGAAGCGUUGCUUAGAAUAUGUGCACGUGGACUAUUUCUAAAACUGCAACAUGUCCUAAAAUACAGCAAAGCUUUCUAUCCCCUAAUGUCUCAUCAUACAGAACUGAGGCCAUAAACUAUGAGUGCAACCCCAACUAACAUGAGAGCCACACCUACUGAAUGGAGAGCCAUACACUUUAUUCCUAAGUCUCCACCCCCUUGUGCUCUCAUAGGACCCUGCAAGCCCCCCACCCCGUCUUUCUCUUUCCCAAUUUUCUUACAUUUCCCUCCAAAGCAUUUUCCUCCAGUCCUCUAAUGUAUAUAAAAUAUAUGUUUAAUUAAAGUUCUUCAAUUUAUAUGGAUUUUUUUAUUAAAUAUGUAUAUGAAACAUUA